AACUCAAAACGUCAAAUGUCAAAGUGUCAUUCGGAUAGGAGAACGUGUCAGCUGUCUUUUUGAGUGUCAGAUUUCUUUCUAUCCGAUUGUAGAAUCAUGGCGGUCGGUAAAAAUAAGGGUCUUUCGAAAGGAGGCAAAAAAGGUGUUAAAAAGAAGGUUGUGGACCCCUUCACCCGCAAAGAUUGGUACGAUGUUAAAGCACCCUCGAUGUUCGCUACCAGACAGGUUGGCAAAACCUUGGUCAACCGUACCCAGGGUACCAGAAUUGCUUCUGAAGGUUUGAAAGGUAGAGUUUUUGAAGUGAGUUUGGCUGAUCUUCAAAAUGACAAGGAUGCUGAAAGGUCUUUCAGAAAAUUCCGACUUAUUGCUGAAGACGUUCAAGGCCGUUAUGUUCUUACCAACUUCCAUGGUAUGGAUUUAACCACUGACAAACUGAGAUCCAUGGUCAAGAAGUGGCAGUCACUUAUUGAAGCCUCUGCUGAUGUGAAAACCUCAGAUGGUUAUUUGCUUAGAGUGUUCUGCAUUGGAUUUACUCAAAUCAUCAACCCACAGUUUUCUCAGAGGAAAACUUGUUAUGCACAACACACUCAAAUCAGGGCUAUCCGUAAAAAGAUGGUCGACCUCAUUACCCGCGAUAUCCAAGGGUCAGACUUGAAAGAGGUUGUAAACAAAUUGUUGCCCGACAGUAUCGCCAAGGAUAUAGAAAAGGCCUGUCAGGGAAUCUACCCUCUACAUGAUGUCUACAUUAGGAAAGUCAAAGUUCUUAAGAAGCCCCGUUACGAACUUUCCAAACUGUUGGAGUUGCACGGCGACGCGAAAGGAUCAGGAGAAGGUUCGGGUGAUCCAGGUGCGAAGGUCGACAGACCUGAGGGCUAUGAACCACCAGUGCAGGAGACAGUAUAAGUUUUUAUGACAUGUUAAGUAUAAAAUGAAAAAUAAAUACUAUUGUAUUUAACUAA